UCACAACACUGCGAGUCGCUCCAGCCAGCAACACACACGAUGGAGUGACGAUUUUACUCAUUUUAACUCUCGUUUUGCGUCAAUCUCGCGCGGUCAGCAGGAAUCCAAGCCUCGCAGCAGAUUUCUGCAACCUCGUCCAGCACAAUGGCCUGCAACGAGUCGACUCUUCUUGCUCGGAGGCUGCAGCAGUCUUAAAUUAUUUUUACGUCGUCGUCGGGAUAAUAAUUUUGGAUUCAACAUGAGCAAGUUCAAGUCGCCGAGCACCUUGCAGGACGCCUGCAUCGGCUUCAUCUGCGCCAAUCUGGAGGAAUUGUGUUUUCUAGUCCCGCCCGCGUCCGAGUUGUGCGACAACUCCACUCACCAUGGUGCGUCGCCUUAUCCGGGCCCGAACAAGUGCUGUGGGUGUUCGAAGGAGUCGGCCCAUCGGCUGCGGUUCCGUUCUGGGCUGCGGCUGCACUCGGACCUGGCGUCGCGGCUGCUCUUCGAGUUGUGCGAGAGCCGCAAGUUGUGCGACACGGCGCUCACCUUGUUCGACACCAACGUCACCCUCCUCAAGAAGAUCCAACUCAGGAACAUCAAGAACACUUAUGUGACGGCCAAGGGACUCCGAAUGCUCAAGAGCCACAAGCUGACUGACCUGGAGAUAACCGGUUUGACCCAAGCGACGGUCAAUGACCUGCUCGGCUGCGUGGGCGAGUGGACCCUGCAGAAUCUGCGCAGCCUGAAUGUGAGCCGAGGCACGUUCCUGGACCACUCCAAGUUCUGCGUGGUCGUGUCUCUGGCCAAACUGAAAGGGCUGCGCUCCCUCGACGUCUCCUACACGGAAUUCAACAAGCACGGACUCGAGGUCGUCACCAACGACUUGCCCAACAUCGAAGCGCUCGACAUUUCCGCCACCAGGGUCGACGACAUUACUCCCUUGAGAAGGUUGAAAGAUCGUCUUCGGUCCUUAUCCAUGUACAAUCUGCGCAUAUCAAGCUGUGAAAAUACCGUUGCGGUUCUACUGGAGUUGAACAAACUGUGCAAGUUGGACAUUUCCGACGAGAAAGACAACCACCCCUUUGAAAUGUUUUCUCCCACCAAAAUUAAUGCGUCAGACUUGCUGAAGCAUCCGCCUGGCAUUUGGCCCGACAUGAUUUACCUGGACAUUUCCGGGAAGGACGACAUCAACCAGGACGACCUCCUGAACUUUGUCCUGAUGCACCCGAAAAUACAAUUUUUGGGACUGUUGAGAACCGGCGCCGGCUACUCGGACAUUUUCCUCGAUAGCCGCUGCCCUAAUUACAGACCCGACAUAAUUGUCACCGGCACUGCUGAUGUCAAACAGAUUUUGGAAGCUCUUAAUCGGUAUGCGUACCGGCCCAAUUUUGUCCAGAAGUGCCUGUACAAACUGUUCCGCAUCACGACCAACAGCAAGGAUCCCCAGAUUGAAUUCCUCAAGGUUGUGCUGAGGGCCAUGAAAACGCACGGUGAUCAGUUCGGAGUUCAAAUGGCGUCGACAGCCUGUCUGUACAAUUUGACCAAGGGUGAAAUAGCCAAGGAAAUCCACCCCCAAAUUUUGGAGGUGGUGGUCAAUCAGACGCUAGGUGCCAUGGAAACAUUCCCCAAUCACUACCAGUUGCAAAAGAACACCCUGCUGACCUUGUGCAGUGAUAGAAUUUUGCAAGACGUCAAGUUCGACAAGUUCAGGUGUGCCCGUCUGGUCAUGGAGUGUCUUUGCGCUUUUGACGACGCCUCCAUGAACCGCAUGAGUGUUGCGAUUUGCUCUAUUUUAGCCGCGAAAAUUUCUACUAACGAGACGUCCGAGUUGGGUUCGAAGCCCACUUUUAUGAAGAAACUUCUGAGCUUGGUCCGGUCAAAAGUCGAGACAAAGCAGGUGGACAUCACCAUGAAAUUCACCCUCAGCGCCCUGUGGAAUUUGACAGACGAAUCACCAAAGACGUGUGAUGUUUUUCUGAGGGAAGGGGGCCUUACUCUGUUUCUCGAGGUUCUCAGCAUUUUCCGUGGAGAGAGUGCGGUCGAGACCAAAGUGCUCGGACUGAUCAACAAUAUCGCGGAAGUGCCAAUUCUCAGGAGAAUGCUUAUGGUCGAGAUUUUUCUCAACCAUCUCAGGGAUUUGCUGCAUUCUGAGCACUUGGACGUCAGUUAUUUUGCUGCCGGUAUUGUUGCCCAUUUGGCUAGUGACGGUGCUGAGACAUGGACUGUGCCCAUCAUCAGCAGAGCGGACAUGCUAGACGAACUGGGAAAUGUUGUUCUCAAAUGGGAGACUCCGGAGGGCGAGAUGGUUGCGUAUCGGUCUUUCCAGCCGUUUUUCUCGUUGCUCAAGUGCGAGACUCCGUACCAGGUGCAACUCUGGGCUGUUUGGGCAAUUCAACAUGUUUGCACCAAAAACUCUAAACGGUACUGCCCGAUGCUGGUCGAGGAAGGUGGAGACUCAAGAAUGAAGAUUCUCGUCGAUAAUGAAAACACGAAUCCAGCUGUGAAAACAAUCUGCAGCUCCAUCAUGGAUGUUUUAUCUUCCGAGACUGUCUAUUACGCGAUGGACGUGGAAAAGAUAAUCGAGGACAACCAGGUGGAAAAUGUUGAUAUGUGUGAGUGAGUAAAUCACGUGUUUCGUCCCAGUACUUUACUCUAAUCCACGAAAAACAUGGACAAAUCUUGAUAAAUUGUUUUCUAUUGUUCUAAGGUAUAACAUUAUUGUCUCACGAAGUCUGUACUAGUUGUAAAAUUCUACAUACGCUUUUGUCUGCACUUGUUGAUUUCUUUUGAGGAAGCAAGAUUGUUAAUGUUGUCAAGUUUCUACUACACGUAACCUUCUCUUUGCUUCAGAUCGAAGUGGUGCAAGCUAUAAUAUUAUUUCUUGACUUAUUUAAAACGAGCACCAAAGCGCACCUUUAUUUGUAAACUGAGAGAUAAAAUAUAUUAAAAAGAUACUUAAAAAACAUCACUUUUGGCUUCAAAGAAUCACGCAAGUUUACAAUUGGAUCGACAAUUUGUGAUAAUUUCAAGUGAAACUUUUUCAACACCUGUCGGAGCACAUUGUUUUCUUUGCUCUUUGCUUCAUGAAAAUCAUUGAAAUGAUUGUUAAAAAAAACAUGAAGUCUUGAUAAAACUCUUAAUUAUUAUUAAAUCAAAUGUGCUUUUGAUGGAUCUAAAAAUAUGUUAACAAUAAAAAUGCGUAAACAAUUUAUGUAAUGUUUGUAGAUUUAU